GAGUGAUGCUCCUGCUGAAGCAGCGACGCAAGCGUCAAGCGCGACCGUACGCCCACACCCAACCCGUGCUGUCGGAAAGGGAGUAAAACAAUUACUGUGCCGCAUAAUACGAUAUUGCUAUAUGCCAGUAUCAGCGCUAAGUGACGGCGGCAGAACAUUUCAUAGCUUCGACAUUGUUACUACAGGAUACAUCUCUGAAGGGACAUAGGGGAGUCGACUUAUUCAGCAUCUUCUGCAGGGAGGCAUCAUCAAUGUGCAGUCUACACUCCUGACCAGAGGUGUGUAGUUGAAUGAGGCUAUAGCCACUGUACAUCGGAUUGUGAAGAAACAUCCUGCGAUUACCAUGAGCACAGUGUUUCAUCAGCAGGGUGUCCACAGCCCUCUGGAGCAGGGGGUCAGCAGCAGCAGCUCCAUCCCCUGUCAGAACUGUGGCAAGGCCUGCAAGGGAGAGGUGCUGCGCGUGCAGAACAAACACUUCCACAUCAAGUGCUUCGUCUGCAAAGUGUGUGGCGUUGACCUGGCCCAAGGGGGGUUCUUUGUGCGCCAGGGGGAGUACAUCUGCACCCUGGACUACCAGCGGAUGUACGGCACGCGCUGCUUCAGCUGUGAGGAGUUCAUCGAGGGAGAGGUGGUGUCGGCCCUGGGCAAGACCUACCACCCACGCUGCUUCGUCUGCGCCAGCUGCAAACAGCCGUUCCCUGCCGGUGACCGCGUGACGUUUAACGGUAAAGAGUGUAUCUGCCAAAACUGUACAGAGCCCCUGCCUGCCAACAGCCCUGCUCCCAUACAGGCUGUCCACAACUGCUGUGGCUGUGGGAAGGAGUUUAAGAACGAGCAGUCCCUGGUAGCGCUGGACAAACACUGGCACCUGGGCUGCUUCAAGUGUAAGGUGUGCAACAAGGUGCUCAACGCAGAGUACAUCAGCAAGGAUGGGAUCCCCUACUGCGAGGUGGACUACCAUGCCAUGUACGGCAUCCAGUGUGACAGCUGCAAGAAGUACAUCACCGGCAAAGUACUGGAGGCUGGGGAGAAACACUACCACCCGUCAUGUGCCCGCUGUGCCAGGUGUGAGCAGAUGUUUGGAGAGGGAGAGGAGAUGUACCUGCAAGGCAACUCUAUCUGGCAUCCUCCCUGCAGACAGGCAGCCAGACAGGAGGAGAAGAGUAAGGUGACCAGGACCUCUUCUGAGAGCAUCACCUCUGUCCCAGCCUCCAGUGCGUCUGGCUCUCCCAGCAGGGUCAUCUACGCCAAACUAGGAGAUGAGAUGCUGGACUACAAGGACCUUGCUGCUCUGCCAAAGAUCAAGGCGAUCUACAACAUCGACCGGCCAGACAUGCUCUCCUACGCUCCUUAUGUCAGCUACCCCUCAGAGGAACGACACUACGGAGAUGGCGACGGAGAGAAGUCUCCCCGUCAGAGGAGGCCCUCCAGCCCCAGCUCCAACAGCUCCCAGGGGAGGUAUGGAGGGUACACCCCGUCCCUCCCCCAGAACUACAGCAGGCCAGGUAGUGAAAGUGGUCGGAGUACGCCCAGUUUGUCCACCUAUUCCGACGGCAAAUCUCCCUCUUCCACCUAUGUGGCUGCUCCCAGGCAUUUCCACGUACCAGAGACUAAGGUCAAGAUAGAUAAUAUCUAUAGAAAACCCCCUAUCUACAAGCAGCAUGCCUCUAGAACAUCCUGGCCAGAAGGGGACGACGUCAAGACGAGGACCAGUUGGAUGAUCUUGAAGAGUGAGAUAGACGGCCAACCUCUCCCAGAGGACCUGCUGGACCCCAGGAAGUCCACCUGCAGCCUGCCCACUGACACCUCCCUGCCCAGCUUCCCCUACAGCAAGUCUGCUUCCCUGCCAGGAUAUGGAAAAAAUGGCAUAUACAAGGAGGUUGCCGACCAUGCUGAGGAUGAGCCAGACCAGCAGGACUCCCACAGCUGGGGAGGAAUGAGAGAGUACAAGGUGUACCCCUAUGAGGUGCUGGCUGUGACUCACAGGGUGAGGGUGAAGCUACCCAGAGAUGUGGACCGUACCAGACUGGAGAGACACCUCUCCCCAGAGGACUUCCAGUAUGUGUUCGGGAUGACCCUGGACCAGUUUGACCGCAUGGCCCUGUGGAAGAAGAACGACAUGAAAAAGAAGGCACGCCUUUUCUAAAGCCAAGUGACUGUAACAGGGAUAAAAAUAGCAUCUCUAGUCUACAACGUCUGUCCAGUCUGGAAGAAAGGAAAUCAGAAAGAAAAAAAACCCCAUCAGAAAUCAUCUAUAUAUGCACCGCCAUACGACGUUGCGCCUGCGAAACAUAAUCUCUGCCAGAAUAAGGAAGGUGGAGACAUUUUCACGAUGUCGCCGUGACCGACAUCCAACGUCGAGGCAAUGUUCGUCACAUAUAGCUUUUGUAUGCGUUGUGGUCUGAAUGUUAUUUUUUUAUAACCUUUGAGGAGGUGGGGGGGGUAGAUGCAUUUGCAUGGCCCGUUGACACCACUCCUCCUCUUCCCCUCGCCCCGCCUCUAUGUGAGUUCUGCAUCCCCCUCCCCCUUCCUCCCCAAAAAGAGAAAUAGGCUUUUUUCUCUUUGUCUCUGUUUCUUCCUGGUUCAACGUCUGCCUCUUCUACGGUCUUUAUCUCGACUUGGAACAAUAUCUCUGUCUGUUUUCUAUCUGUUUCGUUUUCCCCUCUUUUAUCAUUCCUGCUAUCUGUUUUUCUUACCCUCUCUUAAGGUCUCUCUCUCUCACUUGAUCUUUCUUUAUCUACCGUGUCUCAUUUAAGGUUUCUCUCUCUCUCUCAUUCCCCCCUCUCUCUCUCAUUCUCCCCCCCCCUCUCUCUUUCUCUCUCUUUCUCUUACCACCUCACCUCUCCUCUUACUCCUCUUCUCUGUCUUUUUCCAUCUCCUUUUCUUUCUUUCUUUCUUUCUUUUUUCUUUCUUUCUUUCUCUCUCUCUCUCUCUCUCUCUCUCUCUCUAUCCUCCCUUUCCCCGCUGUAGCCUGUGCUAGCCUCUAACUCACAGCAACUUAUAGUCUCAUAUCUGAACAACAGAUGUAUCAUUUUACAGCAGUGGAGGUUAAGAUAGGAAAAGUUUAUCUUCUCCUUUUUUAAGUGGGUAGUUUGUUUGAUAGCCAUGCCGUGAUUUGUUGAUAGAGGGCUGUAUCUUACACACGCCACUCAUAAAUCAGUGAAGAUGGGAGUGUUGGGGUUGGAUCAGAGCCAACAGCAUGAAUCAUGGGUAAAAACAGUACCAUAUAGGCACCACUGAUACCCAUAGCAGAUGUAUAGAGCCUCAGGUUCUUUCAAGCCCUGUUGUCAAACACUGCCUUGCCAGACACUUUUACGUAAAUCCCUUCCCAUCAAAAACCUACAUUAUUUUUAUAAGCUAUUUUUGACUCCUGGAUGGCCGUCAUCCAUUCUGUGGAAGUUUUCAGAUGUGAGAAUCGUGUUGUUAUGACACCUUUAUCAUCUGCUCCCCCCUCAUUGUCCUCACACUAUCUAACACAGGCCUGCAGCAGCACUUGAGCAAUACAAGUUAAGCCUUGCUUAAUGAAUUGAUAAUGACAUAUUGACAUAUAAUCUGUACCUUCUGUGAUAGAGGAUGAACCCUUUCUAUGUUCGUUGUUUGUAAAUCAUUUGGCAUCCACUGCCACAUAUGUGGUGGGGAAACGUAUAUUGGCUUUGCUAAGUCUCCAGGAACUCCAACAAUUAAUUCAACCAUAAGUGGUAUACAAUAUACACGUGACAUACAGUGUACACAUAUUUGUCUCGGCGUUUGUUAUGCAAGCCAAGGUAUAUAUUGCCUCUAGGUGCAUGCAUGCAUAUGAGAGAUGGUCGAGGACGUCUACGAUGGAAAUGUAUGAAAAUGUUUGUAAAAACAUUCUCAAUUUGGAUCAUUUUGGUCCCUCAUUUUGGUUAAUUAUUUUAUGCACAUUUUGUAACACAACUUUUGUCCAAUGAAAAGCCCAAUUCAGAUGCUUUUGUUUGGCAUUUAUUUGUAGACAUCUUAAAGGGAGGAUGAGGAUGGUCAUCUUUAAAUCUAAUGGCUAUAGGGCAGGUGUAUUGGAAAACUACAUGCUCAAUAUAAAUGAAAAACACAGUCAAUCUGAAUAAAUAUCAAAUCGGAGUUUUGCUCCAUCGCUAAGUAGAACAUUAAGCCGUCGUCAUCAAAGCUCAUGUCUCCUGACUUCUCAUGUCAAUCUGAAAUGAAAGCGCUUUUAUCGAGAUUCAAAUCAAAUGUAUUUAUGACACCCAUUUUGCGUCAGCAGAUGUCACAAAGUGCUGAUACAGGAGCAAUGGAGUCGACCAUGUAUAAAAGUGCUUGAGUGUGCCUCGUUGAAUGUGAAUGCCGAUAGGGUUGCAGAAUUACAUUGUCAAAUCUAAUGUCUGCUUAGAUCGGAUGAUCAUUUAUGCAGUUUGGAAGAAUGCUGUGUGUAUGGAUGUGUGUAAGUUUGGACCUUUUUGGAUCACUGUUGGAUCACAUUGUAACAUUGAAAGAAGGUUGAUGUAGCGUUAUCAAUGGUGAGGAGGGCUUUCCCAGAACAGAGAUCACAAUGGAGGGCUGUUCGGAAACACUGUGUUUGUUUUUGUGUUUGAACAGCUGUGGAAACAGUAGUGUAAGCUGAGAGGCAGAAACUAAGGAACACAUAUCCAGGUCUGAGCUCUGAACUUGCCCUUAGGCACACACAGAUCUGGGAUCAGAUUCCAUUCUCCUAAUCCUAACCUUAACUAUUAGGGAGGAAAUGCUAAAUGUGUCUUAGUUCAGUCAGUGUCUACACUCUUAGAAAAAAGGGUUCUUCGGCUGUACCCAUAGGAGAACCUUUUUUGGUUCCAGGUUGAACUCAUUUGUCAUUUGGGUUCCAUGUCCUCAACUGAAACCAACAAGGGUUUUUCAAAGGGUUCUCCUACGGGGACAGCCAAAGAACCCUUUUAGGUUCCUUAUAGCAGUGUAGGGCCAAGUGCAUUCUGUUUUGCUCAAGGGUCAGGCCAGAUCAGCAGAGCUCACAUAGCCCAGAUACAAACCAGGCCAGACCAGCAGAGCUCACAUAGCCCAGAUACACACUAGGCCAGAUCAGCAGAGCUCACAUAGCCCAGAUACACACCAGGCCAGAUCAGCAGAGCUCACAUAGCCCAGAUACACACCCGGCCAGAUCAGCAGAGCUCACAUAGACCAGAUACACACCAGGCCAGAUCAGCAGAGCUCACAUAGCCCAGAUACACACUAGGCCAGAUCAGCAGAGCUCACAUAGCCCAGAUACACACUAGGCCAGAUCAGCAGAGCUCACAUAGCCCAGAUACACACCAGGCCAGAUCAGCAGAGCUCACAUAGCCCAGAUCCACACCAGGCCAGAUCAGCAGUGCUCACAUAGCCCAGAUACACACCAGGCCAGAUCAGCAGAGCUCACAUAGCCCAGAUACACACCAGGCCAGAUCAGCAGAGCUCACAUAGCCCAGAUACACACCAGGCCAGAUCAGCAGAGCUCACAUAGCCCAGAUACACACCAGGCCAGAUCAGCAGAGCUCACAUAGCCCGGAUACACACCAGGCCAGAUCAGCAGAGCUCACAUAGACCAGAUACACACCAGGCCAGAUCAGCAGAGCUCACAUAGCCCAGAUACACACCAGGCCAGAUCAGCAGAGCUCACAUAGCCCAGAUACACACCAGGCCAGAUCAGCAGAGCUCACAUAGCCCAGAUACACACCAGGCCAGAUCAGCAGAGCUCACAUAGCCCAGAUAAACACUAGGCCAGAUCAGCAGAUCUCACAUAGCCCAGAUACACACCAGGCCAGAUUGCACAACCCAUUCAUCAUCUCUUUAGGUAAACAGGCCUCCCACUCAGAGGAAUCAGCUGCGUGUCUCUCUUACGUCAAGGUCAAUACAGUGUUGGAUUCACAACUUUAUUUACGCUUUUGAAACAGGAAAUCGGAAGGAGCUGCCCAAUAGACGCAAUUCUUUUGCUUCCGAUUUAUUUUGAAUAUAGAGACAUAAUAACAUAUCAUAUGGUCAAUGUGUGGCUUCUGUUUUUGCUUGUUUGAUUGUAAUGGAAGCCAGAUAUUUAUGAAUAUCCUAUGUAUGCAGGUAUAUGUCCAUUGCGCCACUAUGGUCACAGAGAAGUGUAUUACCAUGUUUGUUAUAGAAUGUCCUGUGAAAAUAAGUCUGCCUCAUUGUAUUAACCCCAAUGUUAUGGAAUGACUAGUCUUUAUCAAAUAUGUUGUUCUUUUAACCUAAUGGCUAGGAGUAACGCGAAGCCGUCUCUGUGGCACACAAUUAGAAUCAUGCUGACAUUGCCGUUAUGCAAUAUGAUGACGUUAAAAUGAAUUUGGCUCUGUCACAAUCUAUUAUUUUGCACUGUGUAACCAACGGAUACCAUAUGCUGUGAUUCGAUGUUGUUGAGGCCCUGUGGAGGAUGAUGAGAGGCUGAAAAUAUGGCUUAACAUUAUUCUAAUGCCGUAACUAAGCCUUUUGUUUAGCUUUUGUUCUUAUUUGGCUUCGCUGGUUUGCAAGAAAUACUGAUGUCCAUCUUUAAAUAAAUGUUUCAUUCAGUACCGUU